AGUUCUUUGACGACAGUUAAAACAUUUGCUGCAGUUUACGAAUCGUCAAUAAUCUUGAUAAAUUACGUGGCGUUUUAUCUUUUCUGUUUGUUUAGUUCCUGAAGUAAUGUUUUUUGAAAUCAAUUGCUUUUGAAAGAAUCUAAGCUCCAUGUCUCUGAUUGAGCUUGCACAGGUGGUCAUUAUCACCGGCUUAUCGGUGUUGUCUGGCCUCUUUGCGGUGCUUUUUGUUAUACAAAAAGCGAUUACAAAACCUUUUCCAGUUAUCAAAAGAAGUAAGGAGGAAACGCACUUUCUCGAUCCAGUAGCGAUACAAAAUGUGGAUUUUCCGUCGAUAGCAGAUGCGCCGGUUUUGGAUCUCAGUGUGAUUAUACCAGCUUACAAUGAGGAGCAACGGUUGCCAAAAAUGCUCGAUGAAUGCUUGAGUUACCUGGUGGAAAAGUCAAAAAAUGAAAGGUUUACUUACGAAAUUAUAGUCGUUAGUGAUGGCAGCAAUGAUGGAACAGUCUCACUUGCAUUGAAGUAUUCCAAACGAUGCACUGUAGAGAAAUUUCGUGUGCUAGAGCUUAUUGAAAAUCGUGGAAAAGGCGGUGCUGUUCGUCUGGGAAUGCUAAGUGCGAGAGGGCGCUACCUUCUUUUUGCUGAUGCAGAUGGGGCGACAAAGUUUUCAGAUUAUGACAAAUUAGAGCAAAGUAUAAAGAGUAUAUCAAAAGAUUGGCAAUCAGAUGCCAUUGUAGUUGGAUCUCGCGCCCAUAUGGAGCAGGAAGCCAUUGCAACUCGCAGUUUAUUUCGAACAUUCCUCAUGCACGGCUUUCACUUACUUGUUUGGCUCUUCGCAGUCCGUAGCAUACGAGACACACAAUGCGGCUUCAAAUUGCUAACCCGUUCGGCAGCCCAUACUCUUUUUAAAAAUUUACAUGUAGAACGAUGGGCUUUCGAUGUUGAACUUCUUUAUAUGGCAGAGCGUUUGAAAAUUCCAAUUGCCGAAGUAGCUGUGAAUUGGAAAGAAAUAGAAGGUUCCAAAUUGACGCCGAUUUGGUCAUGGAUACAGAUGGGCAUUGACUUAUUUUUAAUAUGGUUCAGAUAUGCGAUCGGGGCCUGGCAAUUAUAUGACCAAAAUAAGGAGCAUAACUCCUAAUCUCGAAGCAUUUUAUUUUAAUAAGAGGCCGCGCAAUGGAAUGUUUUCCUCCUAUUUAAAAAUUUAAGCUACAAAGUUUUAGUAUUUUGAAAAUAAAAAUAGAUGACAAAUCUAAUUUAAA